UCCGGCCAUGAAUAAACCGCCUCUGGUUUAAUAUUUAACCUUGCGACUCUUAUUUUGACUUCGUUGCCCAGCAUAGCUGUCAACUUUUCCCUUUUCUUGCGAGGAAUCCUAUUCGGAAUAAGGGAAUUUCCCUUUAAAAAAAGGGGAAAGUUGACAGCGAUGUUGCCCAGUAGCACCAAUUAAAAUCAUGCAACGAGACAACUGAAGCAGUUUCCCUUGAAGGGACCAUGGACACUCGGCGACAGGGAUCCAGUCGGACGAAUCCAAAACACCAGUGGGAGACGCCUCGUUGCAAGGAGCGAGGAUCGGCGGGAGGGAGCACGAAACGGGCCACCCUCGAGCCCGUGGAGUCGCCGAAAUCCGCCGGUGCUGACCAAUCGGGAACGAGCAGAGCCGUCUUCUGGCGAUUGCCCCGCCCUCCGAGCCUGCGUUUCCCCUCCGUCCCCUUCUAAUGGUCGCGUCCGUGGCCUGGAAACCUUUGGUGGGAAGCGCCACUUUGUCGGAAAGGGUCCGGAUUCUUUUGAAAGAACAUGGCCAAGGCAAAGAUUGCAGUCAUUGGUGCAGGGCUCAUUGGCCUCUCUACUGCUGUUUGCAUUUCGGAAUCUGUCUCAGACUGCAGUGUGACUGUCAUUGCUGACAGGUUUACCCCCAAUACAACAAGUGAUGUAGCUGCUGGGAUGCUCAUUCCUCAUAUUUACCCAGACACACCGGUUCAUCAACAGAAGCAGUGGUUUAAGGAGACCUUUGACUACCUGUCAGUAAUCUGUAAUUCCUCAGAAGCUUCAGAGGCUGGGAUUCAUUUGGUCUCUGGCUGGCAGAUCUUUAAAACCAUUCCUGAAGAGAAGCCUCCAUUCUGGUCUGAUGUGGUUCUGGGGUUUCGCUCGAUGACUGAACAGGAAAUGAAGAAAUUUCCGCAGCACAAAUGUGGUCAGGCCUUUACUACACUGAAGUGUGACUGCCCACCCUAUUUGCUUUGGCUGGAGAAAAGGCUGAAAAGAAAUGGGGGCCAGGUACAUGCUAGAAAAAUCAAAGACCUGUGGGAGCUGCGGAGUGACUAUGACAUCAUAGUGAAUUGCUCUGGCAUUGGCUCCAGGAAGCUCGUGGGUGACCUCGAGAUACACCCCGUCAGAGGUCAGGUUCUCAAGGUCAAGGCCCCUUGGGUAACACAUUUCAUUCGGGACGGCGAUGGAUUAACCUACAUCUACCCAGGGAUGCACAACAUAACGUUAGGUGGGACACGGCAAAAAGGCAACUGGAAGCUGUCUCCAGAUCCCAGUACCAGCAAAGACAUAUUUGGCCGAUGUUGUGCUCUUGAGCCAUCCCUUCAGGCAGCUCAGGAUAUAAAGGUGAGGGUGGGCCUGAGGCCAUCCAGGUCAGCCGUGAGAGUCCAGAAAGAGAUACUGGUUCGAGGCAGUGGAAAGCUUCUGGUGGUGCACAAUUACGGACAUGGGGGCGGUGGAUUUUCCGUGCACCAGGGUACAGCUAAAGAAGCAACCCAGCUGGUUAAAGAGUGCAUUGCAGCCCUUGAAAUGUCAAGGCAUAAGGCAAAACUUUAGCCUGUAAGGUGAACGUUCAUAUUCUCAUUUCUCUCUCUCAGUAAUUAUUGGGUUGAUUUACAGAGGCAUCUCUCUCUUGGGUUGAUUUACAGAGGCAUCUCUCUCUUGACAGCUGAGCACUUGAUGGCCAGCAGGGGAAUGUGAGAACUGGCUGAAAGGUGAUGGGAGGAGAGGUUCUGUCUGCAGUGUUUAAUCUGUAAUGCAGUUGAAUACAAAAUAUUGAGUCCCCAACCCUUGCAAAAUUUUCUGUUGUGCAGCUCCAUUUCACCAGCAGAGGGCAGCAUUGGAUCAGUCACUUAUUUGAGCCCUAUUUAAGGUGCUUGGGAAUGGGGGAUGCUCCGCAUGGUAUCUCUGUCUUUAAAAACCAGGGAUGGCUUGGAUGGUUCAGAAGCUACAGCACUGUGGCAUUCCAAGAGUCUCCUACAAGGCCCUCAGUUGGUCCAGGCCAGACUUCCCCCAAUAUUUCCCAGAGCAACCUGCUGUCACCACCUACUCCUUUACAUAGAGGAAUCAGAUUUUCCCUUUAUUGGCUGCAAUUCAAAAUCAGUAUGUGGAGUGAGAUCUGCUAACUUGGAAUCCCCCAGACCAGAAUACAUUCAUAAAUUUAAAAUUGGUAUAUAAUUUUGGAUGGAGCGCCAUCCAAGCAAGUGGACUUUUAAUAUAGAAUAACAAAGAAUUAUGCUGUCAUAACCUGGCAUGUUUGUCUCUUCUCUUCAGCAGCUCUAACACCACUCUGACUCAGCUCACUGCUCUCCCUAACACUCUGCUAAUUCCUCGUCUGCGUCAUUCUCCACUCUCCAAUGAUCUCUAUCAAUUGACUCCGCCUGUCACACACUCUGACUCCACCCAGCACCCCAUACCAGUCCCCUGCUGCCAGUCAUUCUUCCGCUCAUUCUUCUGUUCUGAACAUCAUCUUAAUAAAGGAUUUCCUCUGCAGAAGCCAAUAUACUGGUAAGAAGCACAGGGAGCAAGCCCCAGGGGGGUUAUUCAGCACAUACUUCGCUGAAAUGAAGACCAGCCUCCCAUUUAUUUCAGUGGGGCUUGUGGAUUUAUUUAUUUUUUUAAAAAAGGGCAAGGGGCAGACUUUGCCAAUGUGAUGGGCUGACUAACCGUCUCCUAUUUUGAAUGGGAAAAAAUUCUGCAGCUGUUUCUUUUUAGUGCAUGUCUUUGUUCAUGGUGGAAGCUUUCCCAAUGAUGGCUAUUUAUUUAUGAAAUUUAUAUCCUGCACCUUCCUCCCAAGAAGCCCUGGGUGGCUAUGCAAAAGACUUCCUUUGUGAACACACGAGCGGCAUCUGCUAUCCUUGAGCAAGUGCUGUGUGUGGCCACAGUGCCAAAACAUCAUCCUUCAAACUAUAGAGCAGAGCCAUAUAUCAUAAGCUGCAGACCGUGAAGCUGCAGGCAGUUGUAGAUUACAGUUGCCGUUAUCUUUUAUGUUACUAGCUUGUUGCACGAUGCUGCCAAAUUCCUGGGCUUUAAUAGUCAGACCAUUACGCUGCCUGUAACUCUUUACAAGUAGCUCUGAGCAAAACUGCUCACCUUUCCUGAAUACAGAACAGCGCAUUCCUCGCUAUAGUCACCCCAGCAACAUUUUCAGAUGUUGCUGGUGCUGAGUAGCAUUGCAGGCAGCCCAAGCAUUUGAAGUACAGCUUCAAGACAACGGGAUGUAAGAAAGCAGCCUCAGCUAGCCCUGUGUCGGUUCAUUUCAUCCACGAUACCUGCCAACUUGGAAUCCCACUUGCUGCAGCGCUAGAGAUGGGAAGACUGCAGCUUCUCUCUCACUUCCUCCUCAGUCAGUCCUCAGCAAUCCAGUUCCAGGCUCUGAGUUGCAACCUGGCGUGUGUGUGUGUGUGUGUGUGUGUGUGCGCACACACACACACACACACACACACACACAUUUCGCUCUGGGGUAUCCAACUGUCCAGGUGUUUUGAACUAUGAUUUCCAUAAUCUCCAGCUGAGAUUAUAGGAGUUGUAAACAUCUGAGGCCUCUGUGCUGGCUAUCCCCAAUUUAGCUUCUUAUGAGAAGCUUUCACUUUUUCCUUCUGCUUCCAAAUUGUAAAGGUAAAGGGACCCCUGACAGUUAAGUCCAGUCGCGAACGAAUCUGGGGUGUGGCACUCAUCUCACUC